GGAGGGAGGAGGGGGGGGGGGAAGGAGGGGGAGGAGGAGGAGGAGGAGCGGGCCGGCCCGGCAGAUGAAGAUGGCAAUGUCUGUGAUCCAAGCGUGCCGCAGCCUGGCUUUCUCAACAUGGCUGCUGUCCUUUUGUUUCGUGCAUCUGCUGUGCCUGGACUUCACCGUGGCCGAGAAGGAGGAGUGGUACACGGCCUUCGUCAACAUCACCUACGCCGACCCGGCGGCCGGCAGCGCCGAGCUCCGCAGCGAGAAGAGCGAGUGCGGGCGCUACGGCGAGCAGUCGCCCAAGCAGGACGCCCGCGGGCAGGUGGCCCUCUCCGCCUCGCCCGCCGACCGCUACGCCUGCGACCCCAGCACCCGCUUCAACGCCCCGGCGCCGGGCAAGAGUUGGGUGGCCCUCAUCCCGCGGGGCAACUGCACCUACAAGGACAAGAUCCGCCACGCUGCCGCCCAGAACGCCUCCGCCGUGGUCAUCUACAACGUGGGCUCCAGCAACGCCAACGAGACCAUCACCAUGCCCCACGCAGGCCUGGAAGAUGUUGUAGCAAUAAUGAUUCCUGAACCCAAAGGAAAAGAGAUAGUGAGCCUCCUGGAGAGGAACAUUACUGUGAUGAUGUACAUAACCAUUGGGACACGCAACUUGCAGAAGUACGUCAGCCGGACCUCUGUGGUGUUCGUCUCCAUCUCCUUCAUUGUGCUGAUGAUCAUCUCGCUGGCGUGGCUGGUCUUCUAUUACAUCCAGCGAUUCCGCUACGCAAAUGCCAGAGACAGAAAUCAGCGCCGGCUUGGAGAUGCUGCAAAGAAAGCAAUCAGCAAGCUACAAGUCAGAACAAUCAGGAAAGGUGAUAAGGAAACUGAGCCAGACUUUGAUAACUGUGCUGUUUGUAUUGAAGGCUACAAGCCCAAUGAUGUUGUCAGAAUUUUGCCUUGCAGGCACCUUUUCCACAAAUCCUGCGUAGACCCCUGGCUGCUAGACCAUCGUACCUGCCCGAUGUGUAAAAUGAAUAUUCUCAAAGCUCUAGGGAUCCCGCCAAAUGCAGAUUGCAUGGAUGAUAUACCUCCAGACUUGGAAGCAUCCAUAGGAGGACCGCCAACCAACCAGAUAACGGGAGCCAGCGAUAUAACAGUGAACGAGAGCUCCGUAGCCCUGGAUCCCCCGGUGCGGACUGUGGGAGUACUACAAGUCAUCCAAGACGUAGACUCCUUUCCCCAGGUUGGGGAGGGUAACUUCACAACAAGCAAUGAACAGGAGCCAGCAGUCAGCAGUGAUUCAGAUAUUUCAUUGAUUAUGGCAAUGGAGGUUGGACUGUCCGAUGUGGAGCUUUCCACUGAUCAAGACUGCGAAGAGGUGAAGUCUUGAAAAACAAACAGAGAUCCAACACUAAACUACAGGGGAGGGUCACAGGGAGGGACCGAAUCAGCUUUCUAGGAUUUGGACCAGUCAUGCACAUGCCUCCAGAGCACUGUCACUCCUGCACACUCCAUUCUGAGAUGGUCACGAAAAGCAAUAGCAACAGUUGUGUCUGCCUGGAUGCGAUUUCAUCAUCUACGUACGUUCAUUUUUGUUCACAUGGGAGAUGAACGCUUCCAGUUUACCCACGUGCUUGAGAGCAGUCAUGUAACUCUUCAGUGGCUCAUAAAUACGCAACUGAAAUGACAGCUUGAGUGUUUUCUACACUUGUUCGGUCGGGUUUUGUUUCUUUUUUUUUUUUUUUGAAAAGGCGUAUAUUUGUUAUGUAUGUUUGUUUGUUUGUUUAUCAUUUGUUAUGGAUGGACGCUCUGUUUUUGUUGACUGACCCCAGCUUUUUCAAGAGUUCAAUCCAGAAAUCUGAAUUCCCAUUCACUGGUCACUCCAGGAUUUAUCAUUGCCAUGUUGUUUCUGCAUGAAGUACACAUGGCUUCGGAAGGAUGGUGCGCCAGCACCCUGCAUUACUGUGAAGCCUGCUUUCACUAAGUGGGAGCCUUGGAAAUGGUAUAUUCUGAAGGCCUUUACUUCUAGGAGAGCUCUGAAUUAACAGAGAGUGCCGAGAUUUCUGUUCAAACUGCAUUGUGUUGGCUUUUAUUUAGAGCUCUGUUCUAGAAAAGUAUCGUACAGUAUGAAGGAGAGAAAGAAGAGCUUAAAGCUUCACUCCGUCCUUGUAGUCCUUUGCUAUAUUUUAUGCUAUUAACACUUGUCAGUACGUUAAUGGCCUUCCUUCAAGUCACAAUUCAGUAGCUGGAAAAGAAGAUCUAGUAUAACGUUACGUCUGUUCUUAAUUUUACUGACCAAAAUCUGAUCAGUAGGCUAAAGGAGUGUCUGAGAGGUUUCCAGAGGCUGCUUGUUAACAGCUGUGCAUUACGCGGAUGACAAGAAUAUUUUUAGGAAGGGUCUGGAGAUGCUGACAUCAGUGUCAGAAAUUGCUAAUGAAGCAGGAGGCAGCUGGUUGAAAUGUUUACUUCUUGGUUUGUUUUGGGUUUUUUUCUUAGUGCGUUUCACUUCUUAUGUUUUGACAGAAGUUUUUGCCUACUUGUUAUUGAACACAAGAGUUCAGGUGAUUCAUUGCCCUCCAGAGACGCUGUCAACAUUGUUGCAAGCAUGAUGUGGAAUACUUGCUAUUUGUAUAUAGAUAUCUAUAUACACCAAAAUAUUUUGGGUAGAGGGGAGGGAAUUUGAAAAUAAACAGAACUAGCAUACAUCAAAGCACCUAAAUAAUAAAGACCAGUGAUGGUUAUUUAGUUCAUCCUGAGCUCUGCUUUCCAGGGAAAAGCUUAUCAUUACUUGUUCAUUGUACGAUUUCAUUUUUCAGUCAAAAUACUCAACUGUGAAGAAGCAUUUUUAGGUUACUGUUAUACAAGAGUAAAUGGUUUCUGUUGACAGUCAGAUGAUUUGAAUCACAUUACUGCCUCCUGAGUAAGUCCAUAGGAUCAACAAUUCAUCUUACAUUGAAAUCUGAUGGAGAGGUCAAACAUUUUGACUUGAUGGUGUCAUGGCAGCAUCUCAAAAUGCAACUAUUAGGGUUCUUGCUGCAUUUAAUCUCCUUGUGGAUUAACUCAUUGGAUGUGGAAGCCAACUUCCAGCCAAAAUUCAGUUUGUCAGAUCUUAUUCAGGAACAAUUGUAUUUAGAACUAUCCCUAAAAUUUUGGCAGACUUGCUUUUUCAGUACAGGAAGAAGGAAAAAUUAUACUCCAUGCUUUCCAGUCCAGUUAGAACUCGGUUCAUUUAGCUUAAUUUUUCUGAUGUUCUUAGUCCCUAACUUGCAGGGUAACUGAGGCAAAGACCACAGCCUAAUCAUCCUUCAAAACCACGAUCCGGAAAUGUGCCGUUAGACUUUUAUAAGCCAUUUGAAAGGGCAUCUCUUUUUAACUAAAGAGAUACAGGCAGCUGGAAAUCUGCUUGAUUUAAAAAGAAAGUUAGAGAUCAUUCCAGAGGGCCCAGCUAGGUCAGUCUUGCCAAUACUUGUGGUUCUGUAAUCAUAUUUUCCUUAUUCUUUAAUGUCUUCUCUAGUCCUUGCUGCUAUGGGAAAGGCUCAUAGCAUCAGGGGAACCGAUGCUGAAAUUCACCCCUAUACAAGAGAGUUUGCACAAGGUACCACAUCAGCUCCACUUAAGCUCUGGAAAUAAUGCUGAAAUGGGAUUUAAGUGAUGCUUACACCAAAUACUGGCCCCUUCACACAGGAAUUAAAUUCUUCUCAAAUGACUGCCGGGGAAAAGGCAAAGCUGGUUAUACACAGUCAGAUCUCCCUGUGGAAAGCACAUACAUGGGUACAAUUUCUUCUCUAAUGCUGGAGCCCGGGUGCUACAUGUCACAGGAACAUCACAAACACCAUGUCCGAGUUGUCAGUGAUCCUUUAACAUCCGCCCACUGCAGCCCAGUGCACAGACAAAAAACUCCUGGCUGAAUUGUUUGGGUUUCAGAGGGGCUGUCGCAAAGUCUUUGUUUUAUUUCACAAACUUAAUUAGGCUAAUCUCAAUGGGUAGAUUGACAAAUUAUCUGUUGCCAUAGCAAAGUCACCCACAGCACAGCAGAGCAAGUGAGGUUGGUGGAAGGCAAGGCAGGAGGUGAAACUCCCAGCUGAUACUGAACUGGGUCCUUAGCAAAAUCAUUACAGGGAUCUGUGCUCAAAGGGACAUCAUAGGGAUGGUAACAGAGACCCUGCCUGUAUUUCUAGGAGUUCAUGAAGGAUUUCAGAGAGAGAUCGCACUCUGCGUGCUCUUUUCCCAAGUAUCCCAUACUAGAUGUGGUCCCUCGGGGGCCACAGGUGGCAGAGGUAGGGUGCUGGGCUGGGUGAGACUUUUUUACAAAUUGCUGUACUGUGGUCUUUCAAAGGAGGCGUCCUAGCAAAUCUAAGUCAAGAGUCUUUCUGCUUUUAUUUUCCCAGUUCUACCUGCAGUUUCGCUCAGGAAAAAUGUUUUUCCGUCCUUGUCCUCAGGUAUUCUACAGCUCUGAGCACUUUAAAGCGAUAAUGAGUACAAAACCAGGACUAAUUUUGGACUUGUAUCAAUAUUACAUUAUUUUCAACAGGUCUUCUAUGAGCAUAAUUAAGCCCCUGUGUCAAAUGGAAAUAUUUUCCUAAAGCAGGACCUGGCUGAAAAUAUUCUUAAUAUAUAUAUAACCUGUGAAAUGCCUUGGGAAUUUGAGGUGCUUCAUAAAUGUUAAGACCCCCAGAUGUAUGUUUGUAACAUGUAUGAAAGCCUUAAUUCUGCAGAUCUGCAUGCCCAUGAGCAUUUUUGCUUACAUGAGUCUCCCUACUGAGAUUCCUCACAGGGUAAAAUUAAACCUCCCAAUUUGCAGCUUUGGGCAAGAUAAGUCCCAUCCUGAGCCUUGUGUGAGUCCUCAGCACUGCUGCCUGUGGAGCUCGCGCUCCGGCGUUAAAUAAGUGGGAUUCGGAUGCCGGGGACACAGCACCGCCUGUUCAGAAGGGAAAGCAGCCUUGAGCAUGCAGCCAGGAAAAAACAAAAUCCUCUGGUGCCCUCUGACGAACAAGUGCUCAUGCACAUAAUUCUGCAGGCUUGUGCUAUGGCAGAGGGACACCUCCUGCGCAGGGCCAGUGGCCAGAGGAUGGUGCAGCUCACUGAGAAAAGCGCUCUUGUCAUUCAGCUGGUCUUGUGUCUCUCUGAGCUUUUCCUGUCCUGGCAUCUAAGACUCUUUUCCUUUCCAUAGGUGAGCAGUAGGUGGGAGAAGUAUUUGCCUUAGUGAGGCUUAUCUUCACUGGGGCUGAGUUGCAGAAUGAAGCUCGGACAGACAGAGACUGCGCUCUGAGUAGCCUUUGAUUUUCACAGGUUUCACUCAACUGCCUUCCCAAAGGUCUGUUCAGUAGGUAGGACACAUAAAAAGUUACAUGGGCAGAAUUUUGCACUCACAAAAGACCUAAUGCAUGCAUGCGGACGUGCAAAGCACCAGCUCUGCAUCCCUUCCCCAUGGCCGACCCAUUCUUGUGGGGAUACAGAUCUGGCACUUGCUGAGGGUUUGGGGGUUUUAUUUUCUGACUGCUUUAGGGCCUCAAAGCCAGGAUCAGGACAAUCACAGCACAGCAGUUCUUUCUUUAAGCAUUCUGUAGAAUUAAAUUGCCAUGUAUGCAUCCAAAAAUACAUUGAUAUGGCUAUGGAAACUGUAUUGUAGUGAAAACAGAAGCAGCUGCCACUUUUAGACUUUAUAUAUGAGGAAAAUUGUAGCUCUAAAGAAAAAAAAAAUAUUGAAACCACAUAUGGUAAGAGGUCCCUUAGAUCUUAUUACUUUAAUGACCCCUGGAUCAGAUCCAGAUGAAGUUAUUGCAAGAAGGGCAGUACUUUGUCUCCUGUUGAAUGACUCGUUUGAGAUACAUUCUUAUUUUAUUAACAAAAUGAACCCAGCACCAGGGACAGAUCCAGCUCUCAAUUUAGUCCUUUUCAAAGAAUAUGCAUAUUGUGAUCCAAAGUUUUUGUUGUCAAACCUGUUAACCCACCUUCUUUUUCCCUUUGCUAAAUAAAAAUAAAAGCUUGCCUAAUUUGAAAAAAUGUCUAGCUCAGAAGACCUUUGCAUAUGGACAGGUUGCCCUGGCAGGUAUCUCCGGAUCACUUAACACUUCUACAUGCUUUUAGUCAUCAGUACAACAGAGUUACAGAUUUUCCAUAAAGUGUGUUUUAUUCACUGUUCUUGCUAAACCUGAAGUGCAGUCAUUGUAUAAAUCUUCCAGAGUUUUGCCUUACAAACUUUUUUCUUCAAAUAUAUGCCACAGCCCUUGGAGCAGAUUCUGUGAUUAAAAGGCAAAGAUCAGGGCACAAGUCUUUAUAUAUAAAUCUCUGGACUGCAAGUCCUUGUUGUGACAGUUGGUCUGUACUGAAAUGACAAUAGAGGUUAUGUGUAACAGCGGGAAAUGCUUUUCAGCCCAGGCAGCUGGGAAUCGCCCAGGCUUUGUUUGCAAGAGGCUUGUCUGUAGAAAAGCUCAUGACUAAGCAUAUGGUUUGAAAUAAGCCAGGAAUAGGAAUUUAUAGGCUGUGCAAACCAAGAAAACCAAUAGUCAUUUAUCGAUUUCUCUUUGUUAGCAAUAAUGGACUUUUUUUAGAUAUUUGUUAUUCUUGUAGAUCCCUGUUGUAAGGCCAAAGUUACAAGUCUGCUAGGAAUAGGGGCCAGGACAAGCUGACUCUAAAACAGGAGAGAAGGCUUGGUUUGCUGUUGGGAUGCAUCCGUUUGGCAGGACUGAAAUGGUAGAGAAAUCCAGCCUGUUCCUUCCCAGCCCUUCUCACAAAUAUUUGCUCUAGUGUGAGCUUUUCUUGGAGGGGAAGGAGAUCAUGGGAUCAAACUAACGCUGUGCUGCUUCCUCUCUUGCAUUUUGUGCUGCCUGCAACUCUUGUAGCGGGUUGGACUGCUCUGGUUCGGCGUGGGGGAAAGGAGCCAGCCUAAGUUCAGCUUAAGGGCUCAAUGAAAGAUAAGCCCUGGGGUUUCGGCAGGGCAGGGCAGCCAAGCCUCUCCAUAACCGGUGCUGACCGGGAUUGCUGCUUCAUUGAAGAACACUGAGAAUUGACUCAUUUGUUUUAUAGAUGCGAAAUGUGUGAGCGUAUGUGGGGCAACCAGCGUGACAGAAAUGAAUCGGCUUGGUUAAUGCAAACGGUGAAAAACAAUGUCAUGAAAUAUUUAAGGGGCAAGGAAAAAUGAGGGUGGAGGUGUUGUUUUCGCAGACAUUUUAAAUAGGGACAAUUGAUCCAACACAGGCACUUCUUUUACUUUUACCAAGCUGCUACCUGAACUAAUUGAUAGGUUUGCAGUUGAAAGAGGAACGCCAGAUGGACUUUUUAGUCUGGAUUUGUUUGGGUAGCAGAUGGCAGCUGCGGGCUGGGACGGCGAGCGAGGGAGAAGGCUGCCCUCCACCACGCAGCUUCCCCCACCGGGCUGGAAACCCGCUCAGCUCUCUUUCUCUUCUUUAGCACUUCAAGAGAAAAACCUCCUGAGCAGGAGCUGUAUUUCAAAGGAGAGCUAGAGAAGGAAGAUGAAUGAAAGGUGUUAUGGGUUUUGAAUGAAAAGCCAACGGAUGAAUUUUCCAUCUGAAAUUAAUCUUGUCUCUCUCAACUAUUUUAAUUAUGAAUCGGUGGAAGUUAUUUCUUUCUGGAGUGAGUGCAAAAAAAGGAGAGAAAGAAAAAAAGAGAAAAGAAAUUGUGUCUUCCCUUUCUUGUUUAUUUCUUGAUCCUUCAGUCCUGUGUAGCAUUAAAAACAAUAGCAAGAUCAAGAUGCUUGUUUGCUCUGAAUGUAUACAGUUAUUUCAGAUGUCAAAUAUCUAAAUGUUUUGUAUGUGUACGUAAUACCAUACUUCUUGUUUCAUGUUAGGAACCUGAAAUGACUGUACCAUUUUAUAACUAGAAAUGUAAAGAGGGGACAGCGGGUGGGAGGGUCUGUUAUUUUUAUAGCAAGAUGUUCCUUGUAUUUAGUGAACAUUUAAAAUGGUUUUGUACUUGUCAAAAUAUACAUUCCAUCCAUUUCCAGAAGAGAAUUAUUUUUAUUUAGAGUAGUUUAUAAGCAAACCAAAAAAAUGUGGCGUCCCAUUUGUACACAGUUCAUGAACAGAGCAGAAGUAUCCUGUUUUUCAGUGAUGGCUCCAAAGCUUUUUCCAGCCGUGUCUCUUCUCACACGCUGCAGAGCCAUACCAGCAAAUGCUGAUGUUAACAAGGGAAGAAAAAUCCUGAGCAAAAUAGAUACCAUAUGGAUCAGUGGACAGCUUACUGAAAGGACUUCCAGUUGGGAGACAAUGGUCUGUCCCAGUGAAAUUCUCCAAGGUAAUCAGUCCUGCUCUGGACAGCAGGAGUGGAUUUACUGGGAGGCCUUCGGGGCUGCCGGCCCUCGCCAGCUGUGGGGUGACAGGGUUGUCACCCUUGCACACUGCAGCUGGCUCCCUUCGUAUAGGAGCUCGCUUCUGACUGAAGGUGUUUUGCUGGUAAGGCAGUCAGUUUCUGCAGGCUGACCACAUUGUGUUUCUUUUGGCUGUAGAAACAACCCUUCACCUCCACAUUAAAAAGAAAAAAAGAAAAAAAAAAAGUUCCUUUCUCCAGACAGCUGCAUUUUGCUUUGUGAAACACCUAGCGAAAGACCAUGGCAAAAUCACACAGUGGCAUUUGCAUAGGUGGUUUUUUUUCUUAUAGUUAGCUUUCCCCCCCCCCCUUUCUACUUGUGACUUGCUGCCAAAACAGUGCAGUAGCAGUUUGUGAAGCAAGCCUUUUUUUCUAGCAUUACUUUCUGUACAGUAUUGCAAAUAUACUUUAACACUUUGCUGAUAUUUUAUAAAGCAUACAUCUUCCCCUCCAAUGCACUUUAUCUCUCUUGAAAAAUGUGGGAGUUGGAGAUCGACCAUCUUAAAGGGAUUUGCCUGAUAUCAUGAGGCACAUACUUUUUUUUUUUUUUUUUCCUUCUUGCUUUGUUAUGUACUGUAAAUGCUAAAGAGCAUGGACAGUGACUCAGCUGGACGAAGUACCGAAAUGUUGAGGCUAAUAUUUGGAAGCAUUAUUCAGUAGUACAACACGGCUAUUUUUGUUAUAUAGAGGAUUAUACUGUAAAUACGUGAGACUGUGUUAUUAUGUACUAGUAAAAUAUUGCAACUCUCAAAGUUAAGAUGGUGAAUUCCAAGGAAUUUUAUUGCAAGUUUUUUUAAUAAAACGAAUCUGAUUACCGUGUCGUA